AUGGUUGAUGACGUGGUGCGUGCCUUCGCCGAGCACAUUGGACGCAGCAGCGUGCAUUACCAGAAGUUUCAGAACCUCCAGCACAUUUUCUGUCAGACGAACUUGGAGGCGCAGGGGAUUCACGACGUUCGCUGGCUGUCGCGGGGUGAGGCGGUGAACCGGCUGCUCGAAGUACUCCCUGCAACAGUUGUGGUGCUGAAGGAGUACAAGGCGGAGCUGUACGAGGUGGUCACCUCGUUUAAGUUCCAGUGGCUGAUUCGGUUCCUAGCAGACGUCUUGUGGGAACUCAACCACCUCAACCAGCGGUUUCAACAACGCCAGAUCGACGUCACCCUUGUGGCGCACAUCGUGCAGCAAACAAGGCUGCGCCUGAAAACCUGCUACUCCUUGAGGGACGCUGCAGGCCAUUUCGGAGCCGGGGAGAAAAUGCAACUGCCGGAGUUUAUCAAGAAGCACCAGUCGAAGGAGAAGAGGGAGAUGAAGGCGGAAGGAGUUGACGCUGACGGCACGCCCAUCUCCUUUGUCUACACCAUGCACGAGCGGCCCCUCCCUGACCACGAGACGGGUGGAGACGUGACAGCGUGCGUCGAGUUGUCUCUGGCGUUUGUAAAGGCUGUGGACGCCGAGCUCGAGUGGCGCAUGCGCGACCUGCACCUGCUCGAAGAGCUAGGACGGUCCUAG